AUGGAGUAUUUGAUUCGCUUCGCACAAGUCCAUGAGUCGUUUCGAAAGCCGGAGAUUGAAUCUCUCGCGGCGCUCGUUGGGACCAAUGUUGAAUUCCUAUCAUAUACAGAAAAUACACCAUUUGCCAUUGUUAAACUCCAAGAUGAAGCCGUUGCGAGAGCAGUCAUCGCUCGCAGUGUCCUUGCAAAGGGCAUAUAUGAGAUCUGGGGCCAAGGCCAAACAUAUGAAGACCUCCAUUCAGAUAUCAGUAAGCGGACUGCAGCGCGAUGGAGCGACUUCAAAAACAAGUCAUUCAAAUUCUCCGUAGACUCAUAUGCCGGGAAACGCUCAGCAGAGGAAAAAACUCAAAUAAUACAUUCAUUCGCCUACAUGGAUUUUCAAGGCCCUAUCAGAAUGACCGACCCGGACGAAGAGUUCUGUUUAUUCGAGGAAUACCCACGCCGCCCAGUAAAGCCAGGAGAAGCCCGCCCUGACCCAAACGUGAUCUAUUUUGGUAGGUGGAUUGCAUGCGGGAGCAGAGAUGUUAUAGAUAAAUACGACUUGAAGAAACGAAACUAUAUUAGUACCACGUCGAUGGAUGCUGAGUUGACGCUGGUCACAGCAAACAUGGCACUGGCAGCGCCAGGAAAAGUGUUCUUUGACCCCUUUGUGGGGACCGGAAGCUUCUGUGUUGCUAUGGCGCAUUUUGGAACUCAUGCGUUGGGUUCUGAUAUUGAUGGGCGUAGCUUCGGUGGUAAAGAGAGGCAAAAGGGCAAAUCCAUGGGUCUCGUCUCGAACCUUGAGCAAUACGGCAUACAGCAGUAUUUUUUGGAUGCUUUUAUUUCAGACCUGACCAACACGCCAGUCAGAACGACGCGGUUUCUAGAUGGCAUCAUCUGCGACCCUCCGUACGGCGUUCGAGAAGGAUUGAAGGUUCUGGGAAGCAAGGAUGGUAAAAGAAAAGAGCCUGUUCUGUUAAAUGGCGUCCCAAGCUAUCGCUUAGACGGGUACAUCGCACCCAAAAGGCCCUACAGCUUCGACGCAAUGCUAGACGAUAUCCUCGACUUCGCGGCCCGCACCCUUGUCCCAGAUGGGAGGAUUUCUCUUUGGAUGCCCACUGCCAAUGAAGAUGAUGUAGAACUUGAAAUCCCAAGCAAUCCGCAUCUAGAACUUCUAAGCGUCUGCGUGCAACCUUUUGGCCACUGGUCUCGCCGCUUACUUACAUACCGUCGACUUCCUGGUGGAGAAGUGUCCGCUUCUGAACCACGACGACAGAGGGGGAACUACUUUGCAAAAUCCAAACCAUCCCUUCAAGAAUAG